UCAGGCCUGGCUGGCAGCUUCUGGAGGCCGCGGAGGGGCAUUCUGGCGUGGUCCCUGCGGGGCGCCCGUCCGGUCGCGCCUUCAGACCCAGGGAAGAGCUGGCGAGCGGCCGCGGGGCUGCAGUGCCUCCAGUAAACCAGGAGCCGGGGAGGGCAGGGGGCUGUCUGACCCGCUCUGUGCCCCGCCCCUGACCCUGCCUGAGUUGAAAUCAAGGACCAGCUGCCAUUCAACUCCCCACUGCCACUCUGUCCUCUCGCCUCCAUCCAUGGCGCCCCUGCUCACCCUGUUCCUUGUGGCCCUGGUGGGCCUCCCUCUGGCCCAGGCUCUGGACUGCCACGUGUGCGCCUACAACGGCGAGAACUGCUUCAAUCCCAUGCGCUGCCCGGCCAUGGUCACCUACUGCAUGACCACACGCACUUACUACACGCCGACCAGGAUGAAGGUGAGCAAGUCGUGUGUGCCCAGCUGCUUCGAGACCGUGUACGACGGUUACUCCAAACACGCCUCCACCACUUCUUGCUGCCAGUAUGACCUCUGCAACAGCGCUGGCCUCGCCGUGCCGGGGGCCCUGGCCCUGGCCCCCAUCCUCCUGGCUACUGUCUGGGGUCUGCUCUAAAUCCCUGCCCCCCACCAAGACCCACUCAAGGACCGGGUUCUGAGAGGCACAGCCCUACCGUUUCACCCUGCAUCCCCCACCCACCUCGUGCCCUCCCCCAGCCACACCCAGGACCGGCAGCUUCAGGACUCGGGGGGCUCGCGGCCUGGGGCCUCCUCCCAGACCAGGACUUUGAUUCUCAAAAGGUUGAUGUGGGACCAGCCCUCCCAAAAUUGUCUGGCCUUGGUGGGAGAGCUCGCCCCUCCUCUGCCCAAGGAGGGGGGUGUCUGGCAAAGUGUGCUGCUCAGUUGGGGUUCUCAGUCGGCUGAGGAACACUGAUUUGAGGGGAGACCUGGCCCACCUUCCUGGCAGCUGCCGCAGUCUGCCCAGUAAGGGUGUGGAGGGGUGGGGGACAGGAGGGACCCAGGAUGGGUGGGGGACACCCUGGGAAGAAGGGCUUUCUGGAGGCGCACGGGGGCUGUCUCUGUGGGCAUGUGAGGAAGGCCUUGGUCCCUGUCAGCCGUCCCAGGUAGUAGUGCAGGGAAGUCCUGUGUCUCCAGGCGGCCCUGGGCGGGGGAGGGGGCGGGCCCGUCCUGAAGAGAGCCCCGAGGCCCCCAGCCCCAGAAGCCUGGUGAGAGGUUCUUCCCCUUCUUGCCAGGCCAAACCCUUGACCUGCUGCAUGCCCCACCCUGGCCUGACACUGCAGGCACUUGGGGGCAGGGCAGGCCGGCUAUAUUUGGUGGAGCCUGAGAGCUGACCGGGGGCUAUUUUUGGCAGGGAGAAGGUGGGGCCAAACAGCUUGGUCUUUCAGCCCUGCCUGCCCCCUCACGGAGUGGGUUGGCCUGGGGUGGAGGGGUGACUGGGGCGGGGCAGGGGGUGGGCGGCAUGUUCCUAAGAAGAGAAAGAGGAGGUCUGGGGACAGAGGCUGGAGGAGGCAGGGUCUGAGAUUCAGAUGACCAGGCUCCCUCCAGAAUCCCGGAAGUCCCUCUGCACCUUCCAAUCCAAAGCACCACUGUCCACACCCACUCGUGGCUGGUCCCCACCUGCUUUGGCCCGCGGGCCUGGCUGAAUGAGAGCCGGUGAGCCUGCCCCGGCCCAGAGGCUGAGCCCACCAGCCUGAGGGUCUCCAUGGGACCCUUCACCCUCUGACUCUGCCCAAGGAGAGAAAGAGAAGUCCUCCCCCGGCCAAAGAGCUCCCUCCUUGAUUUGGGGAAUGGUCUCCAGGUGCCCCCAACCCAGUGGGGUAUUGGGGGCUCUCAGGGGCCCAAGAAUUGGCAUUAUUUAAAGGGUACCCAGCCUAGGUGAACCCCAUCCCUGGCCUGGUUUAGGAAACAAGAGUCACCCAGCAACAACAAUCCUGGAUAAGGGUGGCCCAGGAAACACUGGCCCUCCUUCCAGUGAAGUCAGACCGGACAUGUGACAUUGUGGCCCAGGUCACACAGGGCCUGAGCGUCCUUACCUAACCAGUGUCCCCAGCUCAGCAUCUCUGGAGGGGCCCAGGAGUCCCUUCAAAGCUGGCUGGGCUCAAGUUGGCAGCAUUACAACAAAUGCCUGUGUGGUGGGACAGUCCCCGGGACUCGGAAUGUGGUAGGACAGUCCCCGGGACUCAGAAGCCCUUGCCCCGAAGCAUGGCCCUGAUCGGGGAGCCUGUGCUAAAGAUUCAGCCUGGAGAGCCCAAGCUGUGAUUCCAGAUCUCAAGGGAUCAGGAUACCCUAGGAGAGCCUGGGCCAGCCCGGGUAGGGGUCCUCAGGCCGACCUGGUUGGACCUCCCAGAAGGUCUGGGAAGAUGGGUCUCAUCCUGGGCCAAGAGGCAGGAAGGAGCUGUACCCCAAGGAGUGUGAGGUCAAGAGCUCAGCCCCCACAGGAGACUUGGGUGUCUCCUCCCCCCAAGGACCGAUCCUGUGUGAGCCCUUCCCUGGGGAGGCUGGGAGUAAGCCAGACCCCCGCCCUGAGCUCCCACAGAUCCAACGAACCCCCGGGAGUGGUCAGCCUCCUGGAAGUGACAGCACUGCCCCCACAGAGCUGGCUGGACGGCCAGCACAGGCCUCUGGAUGUGGAAGGGGUGGACAUGGGCCUCCAGCCCUAGCCAGCCUUGACCUCCUGACUCAGUGGGAGAGGCUUGGGAGCCGUCAUUAAAUCGCUUGUGUAAGACCUUCGUCCUGGGCCAGCUGGCAUCGUAGGCCAGAGCUGGGAGGGGCACGGGAUCAGUCCUCCCUCCUCCAUCACAGGGGGGAUGAAGUUAGAGCCUCGCGUGUCCCCCUGUGGGCUCCGGGGUCACUGCGAGCAGGGAUCCAGCGAGCUGGGCUUGCCAUGGUAUGGGGGUGCCCACACCUGCCCUCUGCACCCCUCUGCCCGUGCUCCACCGUGACCUGGUCCAAGGCCAACACCCACAACAUUGCACCAGGUCCCCCAGGACCGUGCCACCCCCUCCACCCCCACAGACAGGGCUCUGCCUGGCCCGGAUGUCUCUGAAACCCAGCACAGAGCCCCCGGAAGGCCCUCAACCAAUACCGGGCCAGGCCCCCAGUGGGAAAUGCCAGUAGGGAUGUCGCCGACGAGCAUAUGGUAACCCACAUCUGUCUGGUUUCCCUGUGGUCGUGGCUCUGAGCACUCCACGACCACCCUGCAAGGUGGAAGCCAUUAUCGUGCUCCCUUUGCAGGUGAGGAAACUGAGGCACGGAGCAAUGAUGUGGCAGCCCGCCCGGCAGGCUGGCUGGCCACCUCGCCCGACCCCCACAGGCCUGCGCCACUGCGCACUGUCUUCUCCCAGCAGCUGGGAGCUUGAGAGGGCGAAGCCCAGGAGGUGGGUUUGUAAACGGAAAACAAUCUUAGCCUGUGAAGUAAUUACAAGAGCUUAGGGUCAGGAAAGCUUCGCAGGAGAAAAGUGGAACCAGAGAUCUGAGAAGCCGUGAGGACCAGCGGCAGGGCGACCGGCCCGCCGUCGUCUGUGUCCCGGGCCGUGGGCUGGCGUCGCCGACGGGGGAGGGCGCAGGGGCGCCAACGUGACUCCAGGAUCCUUCCGACAGAAUCGAGCACCCCCCCUGGAUGUGAAUAGAUGCUCGGGCUCCUCAGAGGUCUUUGUGGCGUCUCAAAGCGGCCUGGGGGUCCCUCGUGCUGGCUGUGCUGUGCCCCCUCCUGUGGCUGUUUUGUGCCUUGUCCUGGGGCACAGCUGAGAAGCUGGGGCUGUGGGCGCCCCCCUAGAGACGCCGGCCCUGCGCGGAGAGAAGGCGUCAGGAAGGAGUGCGACCAGGGCUGAGGUGCCCUGCUGGGCGGGGGGCAGGGGGCAGCACCAACCGCGUCGUCAUCCCCUUUACAGCGGCUGGUUUGUUCCACGAGCGUGUGUGUUGUUCUUGCUUCUAAACCUCUGGAAAGGGUACAAAGAAAGGGAGAGGCCUCUUUCUGUCUCAUGCCCUCUCUGCGUUUUGUUAGCCCCCACCACUGAACUUGCCGGGAGUUCCCCGUUCACAUCUCGGAGCCUCCGUUGUCUCACUGAUAAAAUGGGAACGACCGUCCCCGCCGAGCUGAGGCCUCGUGGGGGUUAACGAGGCUGUGGGUGUAAGUGACCGGCACACAGGAGGCCUCAGAUGGACAGACGGAUGGACUGACGGGCGGCCUCCCUUCCCUUCGUCACACUUCCCCGGGCCGUGUCCCUGUCAGACGCUAAUGCUAACUCCUAGCCCUGACCUGGACCCUGACCCUGACCCUGACCGGCACAAGCACCCGCCUUCACCCCAGAGCUCCCUCCUCUGCUUACACUCUGCACCUGAGGGGUCUGCUCCGUAUCUCACGGAGUGAGUGAAUAAAUGGAUGAAUAAAUGUG